UUGCAGGGAUGAAGUUGGUUGGUGUGGCUCUGAUGUUUUGUGCAAUUACAGAUUUAAGAUCAGGGAUGUAUAAUGUUGUGGGACCUGCAGAACCUCUCUUUGCUCUCACUGGUGAAGAUGUGAUCCUGCCCUGUUCCAUCAAGCCCAACACCAGUGCUGUAAACAUGAGAGUGGAAUGGUUUAGACUUGACCUUCAAGACUCAAUAGUGUAUCUCUAUGAAAAUGGUGAAAACAAAGUCACGACUCAGAACCAGUACUUCAGAGGGAGAACAGCACUGUUCCAAGAAGAACUA